GGUUUCUUCAUCCUGUAUAGCCUCUCAUAUUCGCUCUAUUGGACGUGGCGACAGGCCCGAGAAUGUCGACACUUAGAUGUCUUCGUAUUUUCUCAAUAGCGAUGCUUUUUGCUCUUCUCAAUCAUCUAUUGAAAAAUAAACAUGAUGGGGACAAAAUGACGUGGCAUGUUAGACAUCCAAAUGACAUACAUGCAGAGUUAACGACGUCGAAUGAGGAUCUUUCCGAAGGAAUAAACGAAUUAGAUGAAAGAAAUCGGCGUAAAGGAUCAGUACCAAGCCUAAAGACAAACUCACAACUCUUCAAGACAAAAUCACCAAAUAGAAGGCUGCAAAAACGUUCAACGUGGUAUUUUAGGAGUGAAGAUUGUGAAUCAACAACGGCGAUCAUAGAAUCCUCGAAUCAAACAUGCAUGGAUACUGUGUCUGCCUCGUGCGAGAACCGUUGUCGCACGCAACCGGACUCUGAGUUUUUGUGCCAUUGUGAUGAUAAAUGCGUAGUCUUCAAGGAUUGUUGUAGGGAUUUUGGGAAAUGGUGCAACGUUGAUGUUCCAAAGGAAAAAAGAAAACCUGAAGGGUACCCAAUGGGAAACAUGUCUUACACGUGGAAUCCGUCAAACAUGAUCUGUUUCAAAGCCACUCCCUCUAGUUGGUUUUACUUGGUAAGAAAAUGCCCAUCACACACGGAGAAAAAUUUAGCAAAACGUUGUGAAGAAGAGAACGAGGCUUUUAAUUUGUUGGAAGCUAUACCAGUCAGUGAUAUGAAAUCAGGUGUUCACUACAAGAAUCGGUUUUGCGCUAAAUGUAACAAGGCAAAUCCCGUUGACAUUUAUACUUGGAAAGUGACAAUAUAUUGCAGAAAUAUCGGCGAUCAAAGGCAAGAUGAGAUUCCAAAUGAAAUAUCUCUGGAUACGGUUAUGUAUUUGAUAUCACGCAGUUCAUUCAGAUCGAAGCACACGUGUGAACUAAACUAUGUAUUUAAUGCCACUGCUUCGAUUGCAUCUCCACGACCUUGUUUUGAUGUCCUUUCAACAUGUGGGGACUGUGCUGAUCCAACUUUAAUUCAGCUUUGUAAGGCAACAUUUGGGAUGACACCGGUUUACGGUUAUUUCUCCACUAAAUACAGAAACAUUUAUUGUGGGAUGUGUCAUGAAUCUCAUUUUAACCUUAAAUGUGGGACGCAUAAAAUAGCUCCCGGUAGAAACCUCGGAACAUCGCAGCUUGAAUGGUUUUCAUUGUCAAUUCUUGUAAAUGUGAAUGAAGACGAUGUUCUUCAAAAAGAUGUCUACACCACAACAAUUGAGAAUGAGGGUAUAUUCAAUGUGGGUGAUGUCGUAUAUGGUUGUGCCGAUGACAUAGCGUCUGGCAGUUGCUCCGCAAUACGAUGUCCGGUUAAUUUCGUUGCAAGUACCCAAGGAACGUGUGUGUUGGCUUCAAUAAGUGUAGAUAUUUGGAUUGCCGUCACCACGAUUCAUCAAAACCGGGAUGAAGCAGAUCAUGAAAAGGACACACUAAGGCGACGAAUACCACGCAUCAUCCAAAAAAUAUUCAAUAAACUAAUCGGCACUAUUAAAUACUUGUUUGAUCUGGAUAUCAGACGAAAAGAGGACGUUUUGUACUUCAACAUUGUGCACGAAUCGUGGUUCAAGAUAAUGGUGGAAAAAGAAUCCAUUCUUAACGAAAUUAUGUUGAAAAACAAAAAUGAAUUCCGACACUUGUUGCUUGGUAAUGUUACAGUAAAUAUCACAGUAGAUAUGACAUGGGAUGUUAAGAAUCCGAAUGACGACAUACAUGCAACGUCGGAUAAGGAUCUUUCCGAAGGAACACGUGAAUUCGGUGAAAAAAAACAGCGUAAAGGAUCAGUACCAAGCCUAAAGACAAACUCCCAAAUCUUCUAUUCUAAUCCCCUAUUGAUAUUUGCAGCAUCGACGUUCUCAUACGUUAUUAUUUAGUACUUAAUACAAGC